AUGGAUCGCGAAGAGAUAGAACGACAGUGUAUUUUUGCAAUUUUACAAGAAUCUGACUCUGAUUCUGAGUUGUCAGACCAGGAUGUGUGUGACGAAGAAGAUCACUUGAGUAAGCGUAGUAAUCCUAGUGACACAGAACAAAAUAUCGCAGAGGCUGAUGAUAAUGACAUUUCACUGUCUACUCUAUUGCAUAGAAGUCGUUACGCAAACCAAAGGAUUUCAGAUUGCCGUUAUAACGGAAGGCCACAAUUGCAAACGCAAGCCGUUCAGGGAGAUAAGCCUUCUAUGGAUAGGCGUGAUCAGAGGAGAGCGUAUGAAUAUCAGCAACAUGGAGUAGAGAAUAACUGGACCGAAAGCCGCCCAUUCGAGGAGAGACCGAAGAGAUCAGAAAACGGAGAACGUAAAAUGGAAGCACGCCUGUACCAAAGAUUUGCUGCCCGAGGAUUUAAUCAUGCCGGACAACCAGCCAGUAUUGGUAAUACUACAACUUCAAAUGUCGAAAAGAUCCAAUUUAACCUUCCAGACAUUGCCGUAUCGCAGGAACAGCAGGGUGAUGUUCCCCUGGCUCAUUUUGACCAAUUACCCCCGAAAACCAUAACGUGUACGAGUGCUACACGAGUGCUACGUCAGUCCAUUAGUAACAGCACGGAGUAUAUUAUAUUCAAGGAGGCAAUAUUGUGA